ACAUGAAAGAAAAAUGAAUUUCAAAAACUACAGAGCUUCUUGCCGUAAAAGAAAAGGUCUUUCAGCUAGCCCUGGACGUAACCGGUAGUCAUCGUACGUGGGCCUGAAGAACCUGCCUUUGAAGUUGUGACCUGGCACAUUCACGUGUUCUUCCUGUUGGUGGAUGGAUGAGGGAAGAAGACUGCAUGCUUGUUCCGAGUCCAGAGCAAAAGUAUAUCCUGCCUCUUAGUGGAAAAUAACCCUGCACCAGAGUGUUUCUCAGGCACAACUGCUGCUGAAGGGGUUCACUCAAGAAUUUUCAGCAAUGGAGACAUGAAGUUGGACAUCUGAACUCUUCAAAGUACUAAGCAUCUACAAAAGAUAAGCCAUUUAUUUCCUUAUAUAAAGGUGCUGAACAGCAUCAAAAGCACAAAGCAAAGAUACUCUCUCCCUGGGAAGUACUCCAUUAGUACAUGCAAAUGAAUGCAGCUCAAGAAGCCUGCUUGGAGCUGAGAGAGAAGUGUACAAGGAUUUCUAGCUGGAAUAGUACAGAUCCUUUUGCAAGAGGACUACAGCUGAUGAGAAGGGAGGAUGACAAUUUUGGGCCUGUAUAAAAUGAGACAUCAAAAAGAACAGCAAGUGGCAGAGACAUGUGGAAGUGUCAGCUGAUGAAAACUAACUUUAAAAAUGAGUGUGCAAGAAGCCAGCAGAACCAGAGAGCUGCACAGGUCUGCUGAGAGUGAGCCACAUGAUAACACUGGCCUGGAUGCACUGAGUUCAAGGAUGGUAAUGUUACUGUGAGAGGCGUGAGAGAGAGCUGACCUUGGGAAGAACACACCAUGGGUGCUAACGCCUCCAGCAAGUCACCUCCCUUUGAAAAUGAAGAGGUCACCUUUGACCAUUUUGAAAUUUUGCGAGCCAUUGGGAAGGGCAGCUUUGGAAAAGUCUGUGUUGUACAAAAGAAUGAUACCAAGAAAAUGUACGCCAUGAAAUACAUGAAUAAGCAAAAGUGUUUGGAACGUAACGAAGUGAGAAAUGUUUUCAAGGAGCUUCAGAUUAUGCAGGGCCUGGAGCACCCAUUCUUAGUUAAUUUAUGGUACUCAUUCCAAGAUGAAGAAGAUAUGUUCAUGGUUGUGGAUCUGCUGCUUGGAGGGGACCUGCGUUAUCAUCUCCAACAAAACGUGCGAUUCCAAGAAGGCACCGUGAAACUCUUCAUCUGUGAGCUGGUGUUGGCUCUCGACUAUCUCCAGAGCAGACACAUCAUCCACAGGGAUAUCAAGCCUGACAACAUUUUACUGGAUGAGCAUGGACACGUGCACAUCACCGAUUUCAAUAUUGCCACAAUGUUGACUAACGAAAUACAAGCCACCACAAUUGCUGGCACAAAGCCAUAUAUGGCACCUGAAAUGUUUAACUCCACAAAACCUAUUGGCUAUUCCUUCGCUGUUGACUGGUGGUCAUUAGGAAUCACUGCCUACGAGCUGCUUAGAACCCGGAGGCCUUACCAUAUUCGCUCCAACACUUCGACGAAUGAAAUUGCUCAUGUGUUCAGGACAGCUACAGUAAUGUACCCUGCUGCUUGGUCCAAAGAAAUGGUGUCACUGAUCAAAAAGUUGCUUGAGCCAAAUCCUGAGAAGCGUUUUUCUCAGCUGAAAGAUAUCCAGGACUUUCCAUAUCUGUCAGAUGUAAACUGGGAUGCUGUUCUUCAGAAAAGGAUAAUGCCAGAAUUCAUCCCCACAAAAGGCAGACUGAACUGUGACCCAACCUUUGAACUUGAAGAAAUGAUCCUAGAAUCCAAACCUCUUCAUAAGAAAAAAAAGCGCCUGGCUAAAAAGGAGAAAGAUACCAGCAAAAGCAGUUCCUCACAGGCCUGCCAUCUUCAAAAGCACCUAGAGAUACUCCAAAGGGACUUCAUUGUUUUCAACAGAGAAAAGGUGAGACACCACCACAAUGAAAUCCAGAACAUAACCAUGGCAAAAAGCAGAGAUGCACAUAAGGAAGACAGCCAGAACAAUAACCUCUGAGACCAGCGUAGCCUCUGCCGGCGCCUUCCUUGUGGGUCUAGCGCACACCUACCUACACGCAUUGGUGGAGCUUGGCAAACAGAAUCAUCCGCUGCUAGCAGGACACUGCAGAUAGCCCCGCACACGGCUUCUGGGGCAGGAGCUCGGGCACCCUUUCCUUCGUCCUUUCACCCUGCAGCAGGGGCACCCUGGGGUGGGGGAGGCGCCCUGGGUGCUGCCUGACCAAUUCGCACAGUCAGUUAGAGUCAGAUCCCUUUUUUUUUUUAUUUGCCUUUCUUGGUGACAGGAACGUGAGCAUGUGGAAAUGGAUGGGACUGUAAGAAUAGCGUUCAUCCUUUUGGGCAUGGAUGGCCUGUGUCCUAGUCUUUGGUACUGGGGGUCAGGUGACUGCCGGCGGGGUUAGCAGGAGGGUGCGUUGAUAGUGCACCGUUAGUAGAGCUGUCUUUGCUAGUAUCGGUCUCGGUGAUGGGUCUGCAGGAGCACGUUGGGGCCAGGCUCUUUGGAGGUCAGGGCUCCUGCGUGGACUCGUGGCUGCUUGUUCCUGAUGGAAGUGGCUGCUCGCAGUUGUGGGCUCACGGCCAGUGCGCAGUGACAGAGGUGUCCUUUGCUUGCAGAGGUCUCUUGCUGACAGGCCUCGAGUCUGGGCACAGAGUGGCAGUGAGCAACGCUCUGAUUCAGUAACUGGGAGGAGGCAGCAAAGCUUUCCUGGUCAUUUGGCUGCUCCCUCUCGACGUGAUGUUCCUCGUACUCGGGUUCUCACAGAGCAGGGCUGGCCUGGUGGGUGGGCAGAGCCUAUGGACAGACGAGGAACCGACGAGGUAACGACCAUGUACUUGGGGGGGGAUACAGGAAUCCAGAAGCUUUUCCAGGUCACAUUGAAAAACCCCAUCACAUUAAACUGCUGCAACUUGCUGACUUUGAUGGAGUUGCAGCUUCCAAUGUGAGAGGUAAAUUUGCUUGUGUAGCUUUGAAAUAAUCUGUCACUGACUGUAGGCCUGAUUUAAGCAGCUGCUGUUUGCAGCAAGAGCUGUGCUCCUGGUAGGGGCUUUGCCAAGACUGAGAGUGGCCAAAGAAUCGCUCUUUUAUGGUAAUGCAGGGAAUGAUGCUAUUUAAAUGCUUUGGCAGACUUUAUUUUUCACCUCCUUAUUCAACUUCUUUCCUAUUCUCAGGAAUAUGAUAUGUGUGAUGAACUGGUUGUCUCCUGUUUGCCCAGAGCUGUUCUUUAUAUCCCCCUGUGCCUUCCUGCCAUUCUUUCUGGCUAAAUCUGAUCAACUCAAAAAAAUCUGAAUAAAAACAACAGCAAAUGCAGUCCUCCA